AAAAAAAAUAGCUACCACGAUAUCUCAGCCUUGCCUGUCACCGUUGGCGAAGAAGGAAAGAGGAAGCAACAUCAGGGGAAGAAAGGUUUCUGAACUGGACGCUGCCGAAAAACGACCCAACAUGCCCGGUCGACAAUCGCACGGCCGCCCGCUCCUUGGCAAGGCCAACGGCAAAGGCAACGGAAAGCAGCCCCAGAAGGGCAAGGCCGGUUCCCGCGCCGCGGCGCUCGACGCCUUCGCCCUCGCCGCCAAGGACAUCCCGACCAAGUCCGGUAUCAGAGGCACCCGGGCCCGCGACCUGGACUUUGAGCCCAACCAGAGAAAACGGCCGCGAGGCGGAGGCGACAGGGACGAAGGCGAUGGCGACGACGACGACGGUGACGAUGAUGACGACGACGACGACAACGCCCGCCCGAGGAAUAAGCGGGCAAGGAACGGCGGGGACGAUGACGACGAGUUCGGCAGCGACAGCGACGGCAACGAGUGGCGCAUAGGGGUCGAUGAGGACGACGACUCGGAGCUCGACAGCGACGAGGCGUUUGGAGAGAGUGACGAGGAAAGGUUCGACGGUUUCACAUUCAGGGGCAGUAGCUCCAGCAAGAAACAAGUCAAGAAAAAGAGCCGCAAGGCGGAGAACAGCGACGACGAUGAGGAAGAGGAGGACGAGGAGGAUAACGAUGACGACGGAUCAUCGCUGGGGGAGGACGCUAUAGACUUGGCGCAGGCAUUAGACCAGGUUUCCGACGACGACGACGACGACGACGACGACGACGAAGGCUCCGCGGACAAUACAGAGUCGGGAUCGGAAGACGACGGCGACGACUCCAGCCAGGAGUCCUCCCUAUCAGAUGACGACCUGGAUGUGGACGAUGGCGACCCAUCAAAGUUGGACGUGCUACAAAGCCUCGCUGCCGGUUUCGCGGGCAACGGUGACGACAAUGAUACCCCGAUGGCCAACACCAAGACGAAGGUCGAGCUGAAGGAUCUGGCACUGUUUGGGGUCAAAGAUUCGAACAUCAAGAAGUCGCUCAAGCUCAUGAACAAGGAGGAGAAAGCGGCAGCCAAGCCUGGCACCUCGCAGAAGCUGGACGUGCCGCUGGCCAGGAGGCAGCAGGACAAGCUCCUGCGAACCGCCGCGGCGGAAAAGGCCAACAAGACGCUAGAUAGGUGGCAGGAUACGGUCAAGCACAACCGUCGCGCGGAGCAUCUCGUCUUCCCGCUUCCAGACACCCUGCACGAUGCCGGUCUCGACAAGGGCGAGCUGGCACCUCUGGACGGCAAGAGCGCCGGCAACGAGCUGGAACAAACAAUCAUAUCCAUUAUGGAGGAGAGCGGUCUCGGCCCCAGCUCGAAGCCCAAGGGAGGAGAGGAUGGCGAGGGCGGCGAGGGCGAGUCGGGAGUGUCGCGCGAGGAAAUGCAGGAGAUUUGGGCUCGGAGGCGCCGGGAGCGGGAGGAAAAGUCACGCGAGCAGGCGCGCGCGGCUCGCAUCAAAAAGAUCAAGAGCAAGGCCUACCGCCGCGUCCACCGCCGGGAGCGCCAGAAGCUUGAGGCCGAGAUGGACGAGGAGGGCGGCGCCGCCGACUCGGAGGAGGAGCGCGAGGCCCAGCACCAACAGCGGGCGCUCGAGCGCGUGGGCGCAAAGCACCGUGACAGCAAGUGGGCGAAAUCGGCUAAGAGGGCAGGUCUCGCCGCCUGGGACGAGGGCGUCCGCACCGGCCUCGCCGAGAUGGCCCGCCGCGACGAGGAGCUGCGCCGGCGUGUCGAGGGCAAGGCUGUGGGAGGACGGGCCGAUGGCGGCGAAGACGACGACGACGACAGCGGCUCCGAGGCUGCGAGCGGGUCCGAAGAUGAGCGCAACGAGCGUAGACGGCUUCUACAGGAGUUGGAGCAGGCUGAGGCCGAGCAGGACGGGCCCCAUUCAAACCUGAUGAAGAUGAAGUUUAUGCAACGCGCCGAGGCUGUGCGCAAGCAGGCCAACGAUGCCCUUGUCGCCCAGAUCCGCCGGGAACUAAAUUCGGAUGAGGAGGACGGAGACGAAGAUGAGGAGGAUGCCGGGGAGGUCGGGCGCAGGACCUAUGGCGUGCCCGACGCAAGAGGGCCGAAAACGAACACCAGUGCCCCUCAGGCAGGCACUAUACAAGCAUUGAAAUCGGCGCUGAAAAAGACUGGUGUCUCCGGGUCGGCGGCAGCAGCAUCAUCCUCUAUUCCCCAGGGUGCUGAGGCCAUUCCAGGCAUUGCCGGAAGCUGGUCCAGGCCUGGUGCCGUUCGGAAAGCGGACGGAGGAUCGUCCAAGGGCAAGAAGGGAUCAGGGGUUGGCAAGGACGAUCCCACCAUCGACCUCUCCAACAGCCUCGUUUCGGGCGCCGCCAAGGCGUCCGAAAAGGCUGCCAGAAAGUCGCCGCCCCCACGCGCAAGGGGUGCCCAGGCCAGCGGUGGCGGCGGCGGCGGCGGCGGCGAGUCCGGGCCCGGGUCCGAGGACGACGUUGACGUGCACCUGCCGCUCCAGAUCCGCGACAGGGAGCUUGCGGACCGCGCGUUCGCGGGCGACGACGUCGUGGGCGCCUUUGAGCGCGAGAAGGCGGCGGUCGAGUCCGAGGACGACGACAAGGUGGUGGACAACACCCUCCCCGGCUGGGGCAGCUGGGGCGGCGAGGGCGUCAGCAACCGCCAGCGGAAGAAGGGCAACAACGCCAAGUUCCUUGCCAAGAUCGAGGGCGUCAAGAAGAAGGACCGCAAGGACGCCAAGCUCGAGCGCGUCAUCAUCAGCGAGAAGCGCGUCAGAAAGAACGACAAGUAUCUCGCCGCUCAGUUGCCACACGUCUUCGAAAACAAGGACCAGUACGAGCGGUCGCUCCGCCUUCCUGUCGGGCCCGAGUGGACGACCAAGCAGACCUUUCAAGACGCCACCAAGCCCAAGAUCCUCAUAAAGCAGGGCAUCAUUGCGCCCAUGGCGAAGCCCAUGGCCAGGUGAUCCCGGUCAUGCAGCUGCUUGCUGAGCCAUGAUAAUAGAACAGCCAUGUUGCGGUGUCAAUGAAUUCGUUCAACAUGUCCUAUUGAAAAGGGGAAACAAAAAAGAUACAACGCAUGACUUGUCGGCAGCAAGCUACCGACAGCCAGCCGUAAAUUCCUAGUAAUACAUACGAGAACUCGCCAGAAAAUACAGAUGGCAAAGAUGACUUCGCGCCUUUGAUGGUGUUCGGCUGGCACCCCAUUUCCACCUUGAGGUGCCCAUAACACAGGCAGAGCGGAUGCACCACAUCCCCCAACACCCCCACGACGAAAAAGAAACGCCAGGAAUGAUAACGAGAAAACCAAAAUGUUUGAAAGAAUCAAAAUGGACAACGCAUCAAAACCUGAAACCCUCCAAGCCCCCGUGUUUUUCUACACUCCUAAUGUUUUCGGGUUAUGAUAAUCGACGCAAGAAAAUGUUGCGUGUGACGAUGAACAUGUGUGGUAUCGGGGCAACAACGCCAGGCAGUAAGAGGACGCAAGGAAAGCAAAUGGUGGUGAUGCGCAAUCGGCAUGAAAAUAAAUCCAGAAGAAAAAAAAGUACAGCGUUACAAAGGGAAACACAAAAGGAAAAUAGCGCCGCACUCAAUUAGCGUAUUGUUACACUAGUGUGGUUUCCCUCCCUUUUAAGGGAGCCACUACAAAAC